AAAAAAAAAGGCCUGACCUUGCCGUUCAUUGGUCAGAGAGACCUUAUCACAGAUCCUCCCUCUCACUGUUUGUUCAGGCCCAGUGAGGGAGUUCCAAAAAAAUCCCAUUCAAUCCAAAGUCCUCUCUUCCAGCUUUCUAAUACGGCUGGUCGGGGAUGUAUCCUCUCUGUCUCCCCAGGGCACUGACCAGGAUCCUGGUGCCAGAUCUUCACCUCCGGCAAGUAUCGAGGACCAUGAAGGAGACUGGGAAGCAGUUACCCCGAGUGUACGUGACCAGAAGGAUCCCGCCAGAUGGGAUGGCGAUACUGAAGCGUUCAGGACUCUGUGCCAUCGAGCAGUGGGAUUCCGACGACCCGGUGCCACGCUCUGAACUUCUUAAGAAAGUUGUUGGCGUCCAAGCGCUCUACUGCCUCCUGACUGAGAAGAUAGAUGAAGAAGUUCUGAAAGCAGCAGGACCGAGCCUGAAAGUGGUCAGCACCAUGUCUGUCGGCUACGAUCACCUUUCUCUGGACGAACUAAAGAAAAGAGGCAUCCGAGUGGGUUACACCCCAGACGUGCUCACCGAGGCAGUGGCUGAGCUGACGGUGGCCCUUCUGCUGGCAACGUCCCGCCGCCUGAUUGAAGCUGUGGAUGAAGCUAAGAAUGGUGGUUGGGGCACCUGGAAGCCACUCUGGAUGUGCGGAUAUGGUCUGACGCAGAGCACUGUAGGAAUUCUAGGCCUUGGACGAAUAGGGGCAGCUAUAGCUGAGCGUCUGAAGCCAUUUGGAGUGAAAAGAUUCCUGUACACCGACGUUGCCCCCAGAGCGGAACUGGCCGCCAAGAUCCCAGCGGAAUUUGUGUCGCUGGACGAGUUGGCUAAGCAGUCGGAUUUCAUCGCCGUAUGCUGCGCCUUAACUCCUGAAACCCAGGGGAUCUGCGGCAAGAACCUCUUUUCCAAAAUGAAAAACAGCGCGGUGUUCAUCAAUACAAGCAGAGGCGGUGUGGUGAACCAGGAUGACCUGUACCAGGCUUUGGUCAAGGGCCAGAUCGCUGCAGCUGGUCUAGACGUCACAGUCCCUGAACCCCUACCUACCAACCAUCCUCUCUUUACGCUCAAGAACUGCAUGCCGGGUUCCUUGUACGGAGGAGAGACGGUGAACGGCAAGAGAGGGCGUCGCCGAGGCCGACCAUCUGGUGACAGGAUCCUUGGGAAAGGAGGACUCGGGAAGGAAAAUUCCAAAGCGAAGACCUAGGAGAUGGGAGCUGGAAUCACGGGUCCCGCGUCUAGACCGGUGCUUCGUGCGCGCGCGCAGCCGCUUCCUCCAACGUGACCGUCUCGUUCCCUCCAGAUCGACUCGCUUGGUGGAAGAGCUUCCCCCAAUUGCCUAACUUUCCCUAAUCUCCGGGACUUCGAACGGCGCUCGACACGCAGGGAGAGCUCAGCGGGUACCGUCGGAAUAAAAAGCACUCGGAGGAUCGACUCCA